AUGGAUCCUGUUCUAUUAGACUGUGGGAUCGACCUUCAUGUUGCCAACAUUGUAAUCAUCUGUCUCUAUUUUGUCUUGUUCAUCCCUGCACUCCUGCUCAACAUUAUGGCAGCCCGGAUCUCCUGGAACCUGAAGACCAAGUCCUCCUUCAUCGUGUACCUGAAGAACCUGGUCGCUGCUGACCUUCUUAUGACCUUGCUCAUCCCUUUGAGGGCAGCUGACUGGAUCCCUGGGAUGCCCUGGGAAUUUACAGCCUAUAAUUGCCGUUUUGGCAGCGUGCUGUUCUACCUCUGCAUGUACGUCAGCAUUGUCCUGAUGGGAGUCAUCAGCCUGGACCGCUUCUUCAAGAUCGUCCAGCCAGGUGGGAAACUGUUUGGUCAAAGCCCCUUAUUUGGGAAGGUGGUCACCAUAGUGAUCUGGAUCCUCUACAUCAUACAGACAAUUCCCACAAUGGUACUCACUAAUAAAAAGCCGACAAAUUACACUUGCAUGACCAUGAAGACGGAUUUGGGCAUGCAGUAUCACCAUGGGAUGAUUAUAUUUUCCAAUGUGGUUUUCUUUUUUGUGUUGACUGUCAUUGGAUUUUGUUACAUAUGCAUUGCAAAACGAGUCAUUGAGUCACACCAUAACGCUGGGAAUGUGAAUAUAAAUGGAAAAAGAAAAAUCAAAGCUCGGGUAUUCAUCGUUCUGGUUGUGUUCCUGGUGUGUUUUGCCCCCUACCACAUCACAAGUUUGCUGUAUGUUGAGCGGCAGGUAAAGAACAAGAUAAACUGCUCCUGGGCCUCUCUGACGAUUGCUAGAGACAUAACCCUGUGGCUGGCCACCACCAAUGUCUGUCUGGACCCCCUCGUUUACAUUUUGCUGUGCAAAGACUUUCGGAAAAAGUUUUAUGAGCUCAAAAUAUUUAGGAAUAGGUUUUACACCACAAGCACGGAGAACACAGUGGGUUUCCAACAAAACACAGGACAACAAUCAAUAGAUUUGUAA